GUGGGGCGCCUCCCACGCCGGGACAGUGGCGGCGAGGGCGGCGGAGGCGAAGGAGCCCGGCGGGUCGGGUCUCGCGUGGGCUGCUUCCUUGGGCGCCAUGCCGCGCGUGGGGGCCUCGGAGCGGAGCCCCUUGCUGGCCUACCGCCUCUGCAGCAGCAUCUCCGUGGAGGGCGAGGCGCGCGUGGGGGCCGCCGCCGCCCGCAAGCUGCCCACCUUCCUGGGCGUCGUGGUGCCCACCCUCCUCUCCAUGUUCAGCGUCGUGCUCUUCCUCCGCCUCGGCUUCGUGGUGGGCCAGGCUGGCUUGUACCAUUCCCUGGUCAUGUUCCUGGUGGCCUAUUUCAUCAUUGGCAUGACGGUCCUCUCUGUAUGUGCCAUCUCCACCAAUGGAGCCUUGGAUGCCGGUGGCGCCUAUUAUAUGAUCAGCCGGGCUCUGGGGCCUGAGUUUGGGGGCAGCAUUGGGAUCAUGUUCUUCUUGGCCAAUGUUUGCGGCAGUGCCUUGUACAUCCUGGGGCUGGUGGAGGCCAUUGUGGAUGACUUUGGGGUUCCAGAGGGAGGGGCCGGUGCCGCCAUCCAGGUCCUGCCCCGGGGCUACUUCUUCGACGUCUUGUACGGGACGGUUCUGCUGCUGCUCUGCCUCCUGGUGUGCCUGGUGGGCGCCGGCAUCUACGCCAAGGCCACCUUCAUGAUCUUCCUCAUCGUCAUGGUGGUGCUGGCCACCGUCUGCCUCAGUUUCUUCGUGGUGAAGCCCCACACCGUGCAGCUUCCUCCCAGCAGCAGCAACAACGUCACGGAUCAUGCCCACGCCAACUUCACCGGCUUCAAACUCAGCACUCUUCAGGGAAACCUCCCCCCCGACUACAUUGUGGACUACACUACAGGGAACCUGAUGAGCUUCAGCACCGUCUUCGCUGUCAUGUUCAAUGGCUGUACCGGGAUCAUGGCAGGCUCCAAUAUGUCUGGAGAUCUGAAGCGCCCCAGUUACUCCAUUCCCCGAGGCACCAUCAUGGCGGUGGUCUUCACCUACAUCGUUUACAACUUGCUGGCUGUGCUUCUGAGCUGCACCUGCGAGAGGCUCCUCCUCCAGCGAGACUACAGCUUCCUGCGGGACAUCAACAUCUGGCCCCCCUUUGUCAUCAUUGGUGUCUAUUGCUCCACUCUCUCGGCCGCCAUGAGCAACCUGAUUGGGGCCUCCAGGAUCCUCUAUGCUUUGGCCAAGGACGAUCUUUUUGGCAAGGCUCUUUCACCGGCCAAGAAGACAUCCCGGAGUGGGAACCCUUGGGUGGCCGUGGUCUUCUCCUGGGUUCUUGUGCAGCUGGUGCUUUUCUCCGGCAAGUUGAACACCAUUGCUGCUGUGGUUACCAUCUUCUUCCUGCUGGUCUAUGCCACCGUGGAUCUGGCCUGUCUGGCCCUCGAAUGGGCAUCUGCCCCAAACUUCAGGCCCACCUUCCGGUAUUUCACCUGGCACACGUGUGUGCUGGGCAUCGCGGGCUGCGUCAUCAUGGUCUUCCUCAUCAGCCCCAUCUAUGCUUCUGCCAGUGUGGUCUUCAUGGUGGUCCUCCUCGUGGCUCUCCAUUACCUCUCGCCAAGCAGCAGCUGGGGCUACAUCAGCCAGGCUCUCAUCUUCCACCAGGUCCGCAAGUAUCUGCUGAUGCUGGACAUCCGCAAGGAGCACGUCAAGUUUUGGCGUCCCCAAGUGCUGUUGAUGGUGCGGAAUCCACGGACCUCUCUGCAGCUCAUCAGCUUCAUCAAUGACCUGAAGAAGAGCGGGUUGUACGUUCUUGGCCAUGUGGAGCUAGACAACUUGGAUUCCCUGCCCGCUGACCCUCUUGCGGACCGGUCAGACUCUUGGCUGCAACUUGUGGACAGACUGAACAUCAAAGCUUUUGUCAACCUGACACUCGCUGAUUCGGUGCGGCAUGGCACCCAGCAGCUGCUCUUCAUCUCUGGCUUGGGGGGCAUGAGGCCCAACACCAUUGCAUUGGGUUUCUAUGAUGACACAGCCUCACAAGACUUCCUGUCCCAACACCCAGCCUUUGACAGCAAUGAUGUGGCCUGGCAGAAUUUUCCCCCAGUGUGGGCUUCUGGAACCCAGAAGCGUAUCUCCUCCCAUGAGUACGUAGGCAUUAUUGCUGAUGCCGUGAAGAUGCUCCGCAACGUUUUGCUGGCCCGCUCCUUUGAGGAAUUGAAGCUGCCUCAGGCAUCAGGGUGGCGAUCCCAGAAAUUCAUCGAUGUCUGGCCAAUCAACCUGCUACGUCCUGAUAGCGCCCGCUAUGUGGACACCAGCAGCCUCUUCCUGCUGCAGAUGGCCUGCGUCCUGGCCAUGACCCGGGCCUGGCGCCGUGCCCGCUUGCGUCUGUUCCUGUGCGUGGAGAGUGGCGCCCGGCCCGGUGGCCAGGAGGACAAGCUGCGUCAGCUUCUGAAGGACUUGCGCAUCCAGGCGGACAUCCAUACCGUUCUGUGGGACAAUGUGGUUGCCCUCCAUUGGCACAAUCGGGAACAGGUUUCAGAGGGCCAUAUCACCAAUUUCCCUGGCAAUGCGGCCUGUGUUUCAAAUGAGUACUUGAGUGCUGUCAACCAACUCAUCCUCGAGCAGAGCUCUAGCCCCACUGUCCGUUUCCUCUAUCUGCCCCGCCCCCCUGCUGACACCAACCUGUAUCUCAGGUACUUGGAGCAACUUGAGGUCCUCACCCGUGGACUGGGUCCCACGCUGCUGGUGCAUGGGGUCAGUGCUGUGACAAGCACCGAACUGUAAUUCAGGGGACAAGAUUUUUGAACACAAUUGGGCUAAUGGUGGUUGACUUGCCCUUGUGUCCACCAUGGGCAAGGACUUGGUGACUCACAGAGCAGGAGAAUGACACAAUGGAUCUUGUAACCAAGGCUAGAUCAGCUGAAAACGCCUAUGGGUUUCUUGAUUCUGUUCACCUCAUCUUCCCCUUUUUCCUCACUAAGUGGGUCUUUCUAGAUCUCCUGGGAGUGGGAACUUUUCUGAGACUGGCUUGGUGUCCACCAAAGCCAUCCUAAACUGUCAUUAUUCUGUGUCUUUCCUUUGUACUUUCAUUUUUGCACUCCGGCAAAAACCUUUGCUGCAGGUAUUUGGAGUCAGUCAAGAUUCCCAUCCACUCCAGCAAAGCUGGGGCAUAGUAAAGAAGAAGAUAGCCAACCCAGACAUGCUUCAACUUGGGCCUUGAGAGCAAAGGAGACUUUUUUGUAUGUGUGUCAAUGGUCCUAUGAAAUUCAGAGACAGUUCCUUUUGACACUAGUAGAGAUGGGAGCAAAAUUAAAGAUGGCACUGAGGAACCUCUGAGCAGGUUCUCCAUGCUGGCAUUGAUGUGUUGAGACUAUGGUGGUGUCCUUGAGGAAGGGAAAUUCAUGUGUCUGCACGUGUGUGUGUGUGUCUGAACUGCACAACACAUCAGAUAAUGGGGAUAAUGAACACUAGUUCAAAAUGCACAUAGAAGACAACCUUUCACCAUCAUUCUCUGCAUGUGAUAACCACAACUUCCCAAUAAAGGUUUUCAUUUCUUAUA